AUGAUUUAGUAAGCAGAAGUAGAAAAUUAAUUAGAAUUAAGGAAAUUAAAAAGUGAAAUUGAUACUCAAAUUCCUUUAUACAUUAAAAUUUGUAUAAUGGAAUUAGGCUUAGAUGAAAUUGAAGAAGGUGAAUAAGCUGAUAUAUUAAGAUUAUUAAAUGCACCUAAGUUUGAAAGUAGAUAAUAAUUCUUAAUUGUUAUACCAGAAUACCUAAUUAAGCAUUUACUAAAAAUUAGAUAAAUAGCAUUACUCAAUUGUCCAGAAAUCAAUUAUUCAAAUCCUACAAAUUUAAAAAGUUUAAUAUAUGGUUCUCUUCUACCUUAUGAAGAUCCUAUAUUUUAGAAGCAUUUAAUAUUACAAAACAUAGUAAAAAAUACAAAUCUUAAAAUUAUGGAAUUGCUUGAAACUAAAAAGAAAGCAAUAAAUGUUAUAAAGAAAAGAGAGAUUCAAUUAUUGAAUCAUUAAAUAGAAGUUUCUAUAAAAAAAUAAACAUCUAAAUUUACAUAGAAAUAGAAUUGUCCAUAAUGCUUAUGUAAAUUUAGAGGUUUCAAAGCAAAUGAAGAAUUAAUUAAAACUACACAAAUCCUCAGAUGUAAAGAAUGUAAGGAGUAUUAUCAUUCUUGUUGUAUACAAAAAUAAAAAUAAGAUAAAUAAACAAAUCUUAUGUGUCCAGUAUGUCAAUUAUAAUUUGUCAGCCCAUUGGAGAAAGUAGUAUCUAUAUUAUAUGAACCAGAAAUUAUUAAUUUGGUUGAUGAAAACAAAGAAAAGACUUUAUUAUUUGAAUGUCCAUAUUCUGAAUCAGAAUAUUAAAUUUAAAUGAGAUGUUUAUAAAUUGGAAAUAUUGAUACAUUAGCUUGGCCUGAAUCUGGAGAAAUCUAUUUAAAUAAUUAAAAAAUCAUAUAAUUUGAUUAAAAGAUUUGUUAGAAGAGUGGUGAAUCUUAUAUUGUUACUUAAUCAGUCAAAUUUGGAGCAACUAAUAAAAUCACAAUUCUAUAUUAAUAGUCAAUAUUUAAAUAGCUUAUGUAAUUGAACAUUAAUUAAAAGUAACAAACUGAAAAUCAAAAAUUUUAUAUAUUUGCAGUUUAUAGUGUUAAAGUCUUUAGUCCUAAAGAUUUAUUAUUUGAUUUAUAAAAAGAUGAAUCAAUAUCUAUUCAUGAAUCAAAAAAUCAAAUUGCAGCAUUCAUUAAUUAAAUAGGUUAAAAUACCUUAAAGGUUUCCUUAUUAGAUAUAUAGACUUUAAAUUUAAUGAAAUAGCCUGGAAAAGGAGUUAGAUGUAAUCAUAUCUAAUGUUUUGAUUUAGAAAAAUUUAUUAAAUUAAAUUAUAUAGAGAACAAAUGGAUUUGUCCAAUUUGUUAAUAAAAGUGCCAUAAAUUAGUUAUAGAUCAAUUUUAAAAGAAAAUUAUUGAAAAUGUAGUAAAUUAAUAAUUGAAAAGGACAGAAAUAGAAUUUGAUAGAGAAGGUAAAGUAACAGAAGAAAUAAUUGAUUAUCUAAAUUAUAAGAGUUCAAAUUUGGAUGAUGAAAUGUAAAUUGAACUAUGA